AUGCGCACUCCCUCUGCACCCGCUCCUCCUGCCACCCCUCCUCCACUCACAUCACACCGCCUCCCCCCACCCUCAAUCCCGCCGCUGCCUCCCCUCGCACCUCUCUCCUUCCCACCCCUCCCCUGCCGCCUCCCUCACCCACUCCUUCCCAUCCCUGAACGACUCAGAGGCGGGUGUUACCUGCCAGCAGAGGCGGGUGUUUACCUGCCAGCAGAGGCGGGUGUUACCUGCCAGCAGAGGCGGGUGUUACCUGCCAGCAGAGGCGGGUGUUACCUGCCAGCAGAGGCGGGUGUUACCUGCCAGCAGAGGCGGGUGUUACCUGCCAGCAGAGGCGGGUGUUACCUGCCAGCAGAGGCGGGUGUUACCUGCCAGCAGAGGCGGGUGUUACCUGCCAGCAGAGGCGGGUGUUACCUGCCGCAGGCGGGUUACCUGCCAGAGGGCGGGUGUUACCUGCCAGCAGAGGCGGGUGUUACCUGCCAGCAGAGGCGGGUGUUACCUGCCAGCAGAGGCGGGUGUUACCUGCCAGCAGAGGCGGGUGUACCUGCAGCAGAGGCGGGUGUUACCUGCCAGCAGAGGCGGGUGUUACCUGCCAGCAGAGGCGGGGUGUUACCUGCCAGCAGAUGCGGGUGUUACCUGCCAGCAGAUGCGGGUGUUUACCUGCCAGCAGAGGCGGGUGUUACCUGCCAGCAGAGGCGGGUGUUACCUACCAGCAGAGGCGGGUGUUACCUGCCAGCAGAGGCGGGUGUUACCUACCAGCAGAGGCGGGUGUUACCUGCCAGCAGAGGCGGGUGUUACCUACCAGCAGAGGCGGGUGUUACCUGCCAGCAGAGGCGGGUGUUACCUACCAGCAGAGGCGGGUGUUACCUACCAGCAGAGGCGGGUGAGGCGGGGAGCAGCAGAACGUCACACAAAGAAAAGGUCGCCCCCACUGACACGCCCGGGGGGAUGGGACACGGCGGUCGCAUGCUUUGCAUGCUGGGGUGGAUGAGCGGGUGGUGCAUGUACACGAAUACAUGCACCUGCCGCCCUCUCGCCACGUGGCGCGCACACACCAUGCCCCACCUCACUACGUCACUCUCCCCACACUCGGCAGGUGGCUGGCAGGUGGCUGGUAGCUGGCAGGUGGCUGGUGGCUGGCAGGUGGCUGGUGGCUGGCAGGUGGCUGGCAGCGCGGCGGCUGAACCCCAACUCGCCCUCCCCUCCCCCCCUCCCUCCCUCAUAUUUCCCGCCUCUCCUUCCCGCAGCUAA